AUGCUGGGCCCCACCAGGCAGCCCCUGCCCACGCUCCUGCCUGCACCUCGGCCCCGCGAAGCGCCGCUGGAGCAGAUCGGGGGGCAGCUCUGCGCCUCCCUGCUCCACUCCCACGACACCGAAACCCGCGCCACCAUGACCAUGGCGUUGGCCGACGACAUCAUCGCCGCGGGGCAGGACGCCAGCUGCCACAUCCUGCGCUUCAGCCUGCAGGCGCCCGAGGCCAAGAGCGGCUCAGCCGGCUGCGACGGCAGCGGGGAGAAGGGGCCGCGGAAGCGGAAGGGCCCCAGCCCGGCGGGGCAGGGCGACACGCAGAGCCAGACGAGCGAGGUGACGGUGGAGAGCCUGCACAGUGUCCGCACGGAUUUCAGCCCCGACGCCCUGCAGAAGGCUGUCCGCUUCAACGCUGACUGCUCUCUGCUCGUCACCGGCGGGGGCGACGGCUUCCUCCGCCUCUGGGAGUUCCCCAGCAUGAAGAAGACACUGGAGUUCAAAGCCCACGACGGGGAGAUCGAAGAUAUCGCACUGGGCCCCGACAACAAGGUGGUGACAGCGGGACGGGACUUCCAGUGCUGCGUGUGGCAGCAGGACCAGCUGGUGACGGGGCUGCACUGGAACGAGAACCUGCCCGGCAUCCCCGACAAGGCUUACCGCUACCAGGCCUGCCGGUUCGGGGCGGUGGAGGACAACGCCGGGGCGCUGCGGCUCUACACGGUGCAGGUGCCCCACAAGCGGGAGCGCCGCCCCCCGCCCUGCUACCUGACCAAGUGGGACGGGAAGAGCUUCCUGCCGCUGCUGACCCGGCCCUGCGGCAGCGAGGGCAUCUCCUUCCUCUCCGGGGCCGGGCGGGGGGGGGGGCUGCUGGCGGGGAACGAGGCUGCCCUGCUCAGCGUGGCCGUUGACAGCCGCUGCAAGCUGCACCUGCUCCCCAGCCGACGCUCCCUCCCUGUCUGGCUGCUGCUGCUGCUCUGUGCCGGGCUCAUCGUGGCCGCCAUCCUGCUGCUGCAGCUUGCCUUCCCGGGGUUCCUAUAG